AGUACACUUUCCAACCUUUUUUAUGUUGCACGCAUCUACUCCUACUCCUAUGGACCAUGGCACCGUUAGAGAGAGAGAGAAAUCCAAGGCAGGCACCCACCACGGCAACCCAUAACUAUACUGGUAGUAGCACGGCCGCACGGGCAAGAGGACGAGACCGAGAGCGCACAAGGCUUUCUUCUCUCCAUCUUCGCUGUUCCACAGUCCACACCCACGCACACAAGCAAGCGGCCUCAUCUGUUUUAUUGUUUUUCUUGAUCCCCUUCCCUCCAUAUCUCUCUCGCGCCGAUCGAGAGGGGGGCGGGCGGCGGGCGGCGGCGCGCGGCGGGAGCAUGCGCGAGUAGGUUGGUAGAUGAGGGCGGCACCCUUCAGUGCCGACGGGAACGGGGCGGCGGAGCUCGCGGGGAGCAUAGCGGCGCUGCUUUGGCCGGAGGACAAGGGCGGCGGCGGCGGGGGCGGCGGGGGGUCGUUGCUGGUGGAGCCGAGGUCGGUGCUGGACUGCAGGGGGAGCCCGAGCCCGCCCAACUCCACAUCGACGCUGUCUUCGUCCCAUGGUAGCGGCGCGGCGGAUUCUAUAUCUACCGGCGUGGCGGCGGUUUCGGAGAGCAGCGCAGCCGCCGCCGAAGCCACCAGAUGGGCGGCCCCCGGCGAACACGGCGGCGGCGGUGGCGGUGAGCUGCCGCCCAUACCGGGGGCCCUGGAUGUGGGCUUCGUCGCGGAGGAGAGCUGGGACGCCAUGCUCGGCGACGCCGCGGCGGCGGCAGGCCAGGAGCAGACAUUUUUGAACUGGAUCAUGGCUGCCCCCGGCGACAUGGAACCCCAGGCGCCGGGGCUCUCGCAGCAGCAGCUCCUCGCCAAUGCCGCCGGGUUCGGGUUCCCGCUGCAGCAUCACCCCGGUGGCGUCUCCUCGCCAGCCGCCCUCGCCUCCGACCUGUCGUCCUCCGGCGGGAGGUCGCUCACAAGCAGCAGCGGCAGCAAUAGCAAGGCCACCUCCGCUUUCGGCCUCCUGUCGCCCGAAGCGGCGCUCCAGCCGCCGCCGGCGACUACUGCGCCUUUCCACAACGGCGCUGACAUGAAGCCCCCUCUCCUUGGCUUGCCAUCACCCACACUACUCCUCAACCAGCAUCAGCCGACGCCGGCCUCCACCUUGUUCAUGCCGUUCCCCUCCUUCUCCGACCAUCAACAACAGCCACUGCUCCAGCCACCGCCGAAGCGCCACCACUCCGUGCCCGACAAUCUCUUCCUCCUCCACAACCAGCCCCAGCCACCGCCGCCGGCGCCCGCGCAAUGCCUCCCGUUUCCAACGCUACAUAGCGCGGUACCCUUCCAGCUCCAGCCUUCGAUGCAGCAUCCGCGCAACGCGAUGAAGUCAACCGCGGCGGCGGCGGCGGCGCAGCAGCAACACCUCCUGGACGAGCUUGCAGCGGCGGCGAAGGCAACCGAAGUCGGCAACUCCAUAGGCGCGCGAGAGAUAUUGGCGCGGCUCAAUCAGCAGCUUCCCCCAAUUGGGAAGCCUUUCCUCCGCUCCGCCUCCUACCUAAAGGACGCCCUCCUCCUCGCGCUCGCCGACGGCCACCACGCCGCCACCCGUCUCACGUCUCCGCUCGACGUCGCCCUGAAGCUCACCGCUUACAAAUCCUUCUCCGACCUCUCCCCCGUGCUCCAGUUUGCCAACUUCACGGUAACUCAGGCGCUUCUGGAUGAGAUCGCCAGCACAACCGCGUCUUGUAUCCGCGUCAUUGAUUUCGACCUCGGUGUCGGCGGCCAGUGGGCUUCGUUCUUGCAGGAGCUUGCUCACCGCUGUGGCUCUGGCGGUGUGUCCUUGCCGAUGUUGAAGCUCACAGCCUUCGUCUCAGCCGCCUCCCACCACCCGCUUGAGCUGCAUCUUACUCAGGAUAACCUCUCACAGUUUGCUGCUGAUCUUGGUAUUCCAUUUGAGUUCAAUGCUAUUAAUCUCGACGCAUUUGAUCCUAUGGAACUCAUUGCUCCUACAGCUGAUGAGGUUGUUGCAGUAAGCCUCCCAGUUGGUUGCUCAGCACGCACUCCACUCCCAGCUAUGCUUCAGUUGGUGAAACAGCUUGCUCCUAAGAUUGUGGUUGCUAUUGACUAUGGCAGUGAUCGGAGCGACCUCCCAUUUUCCCAACACUUCUUGAAUUGCUUACAGUCUUGUCUAUGUCUUCUUGAAUCACUUGAUGCUGCUGGCACUGAUGCGGAUGCUGUCAGUAAGAUCGAGAGGUUUCUGAUUCAGCCCAGAGUGGAGGAUGCAGUUCUUGGGCGGCGUAGAGCUGACAAAGCGAUCGCUUGGCGGACAGUGCUAACAUCAGCAGGGUUUGCACCUCAACCACUCAGCAACCUUGCGGAGGCACAGGCUGACUGCCUCUUGAAGCGGGUGCAGGUCCGAGGCUUCCAUGUGGAGAAGCGUGGAGCAGGCCUUGCACUCUAUUGGCAGCGUGGCGAGCUUGUAUCCGUCUCAGCAUGGCGAUGCUGAUCACACCUGCCUCGACCAUCAUGAUUCCUACACCAUUUGCAGGCAUGUUUAACUCCAGUAAUAUGAAUUUUGUCUUGCAAUUUAAACAUUGCAAAGAAAUUAUUAUCAUGGUUGUUGCACACUCUGUUGUUUAUUAGGUAGGCCUAAUGGAUUUGGCAAUCUUGGUAUGAGUGUCUCUGUAGUGUGUGACCAGUGGCUAUGGCCUCUAGGGUCUUACCACUAUGUUGUUGCUCUCCGCUCAAUUGGCCACUUCAUGUUCUUGGAAACAUUUCGUUGUGAAUAGAUAAGAUAAUUUGGCAUGUUGAAUGUCCUUAUGACAAGCAUUAGUGUGUA